UAAAUGCCCUAAAACACAAACCUGAUGGCAAAUGCAGUCCUGCCUAUGGUGUGAAAAAGCCGAAAAAAGCAGAGGUGACCCACCUACCCAUCCGGGGAAACGGCAGAGACGCUUGAAAAGUUAAGAGUGACCCUUCUCUCAGAAGUAAUACAAAGGAAUAAUGAGGACAAGGUGGCAACAUUGAUGGAAAAGACCUUUGCAUGCAGAAGGCAAGAGGUUGUUCGGCAGGCACCAUUGAUAGCCGAUUUCAAAACCAGGUGGCCGGCUCUCUUCCAUGUGCGUGAGGUGAAUGCAGAAUUUAAGAGAAUCACAACAAUUAAUUUGCAAUCCAAGUUCUUCUCUUCGCUGGAUAUUCACUCUACAAGCCUGAUCGACGUGUAUACCAAGAAAGGUGGAGUUCAAGGGAAGAAGAUCAAAAGCAUCAUGCUUCCCAUAACCCAGACUGACAGCAUUGACGUGAGACGCGAAUGCAUCCUCAAAGGUCUUUGUGUCUACUUCAAUGAAGAUCCAGAGAAGCUGGUGAAGGAAUACAUGAGCAUCGACAACAGCAGUCAAACGGCAAUGGCAGAGACGGUCUUCGGAAUAUUUGUCAUUCGACACGAAGGUGCAGAGCCUGGGGAUGACCCCGAGAACGUUGGGAUCAUUCUGGAGGGGGUCGAAGUGCUGGAUGAGUUGGGAAACGUAUCUUUUGCGGUGGCGAUGAUGUUUGCUCUCGUGUAUGCUCUAAACUUGAGCUACCCUCCAGAGCUGAAGUUUACAUUUGAAGCACUGCAGAAAAUAAUGAUGGAACUAGAUGGAAACAGACUAUCCACAAAAGGACAAGUCCUCAAAACAUUGCUUUCCCGUGCCUAAUGUCACUGUUUGGGAUCGCCUCAUCUUCCAAACACGCAGCCAUCAGAGAUUCGGUGACUCACCUCUUUGACAGAAAUGUUGAUUAUAUGCAAGAAGUAUAAAAGUAAGCAUUCAAAGUUGGCUGUAGCAUGGUUACGUGGACCUCACUGAGCAGAGGGCUGUGCGAGGAGGCAGAUGUUACCAUGUUGCCUUAUUUGGUCUACUGUCGAAACUCAAGUUUGUUAUACUGUUCACCCUAAAGUUGAAACAUUUUAAUAUUUGGGAAGAAACUGUGUUUUUUCAAGCAUCUGUCAGUGUAAAGCUAUUUUGUGAAAUAUAUAUUCACUGUUAUAUUUAAUACAGUGAAACCCAGUCUGCUUGUUGGUUGAGAUGGUGUUCUUAAUGGUCUUUUGGUAUUGCAUGUUCUCUAAUCUGCAUACUUAGACAUCUUGCGUUUGUGUUAUAUUUCCACCCUUGAAGCUCACUAGACUGUUGAAUUUCUGUUACUGUUCACUCUAAACGUUUUAAAUGUGUAAACACUCAAAAGUUAUUCUUUGAAUGAACUUGAUUAAAUCAUGGACAGUAUUUCCACAUGAUGAAAUGGCUUUCUUUCAGCUUUAAGCAAUUACGUUGACCCAACCCAGGUCAAUCAAGUUCGUAACAAACCUUAUACAUAAAUAGUAUCAAUCCUAAUAGAUUACGUUGACCCAACCCAAGUAAAUCAAGUUGGUAACAAACCUUAUAAAUAAGUAGUAUCAAUCCUAAUAGAUUACGUUGACCCAACUCAAGUAAAUUAAGUUGGUAACAAACCUUAUAAAUAAGUAGUAUCAAUCCUAAUAGAUUACGUUGACCCAACUCAAGUAAAUUAAGUUGGACCAAUCAAAUUGCUUAAUCUUGAAAGAAAGUGAUUUAAUCAUGUGGAAAUAUUGUCCAUGAUUUAAUUACGUUCAUUCAAAGAGUUAUUUCUUUGAGUGUA